AUGGAAGGGGAGUAUUCACCAGGAUAUUCUCGUCCACAUUCAGCAGCUCCAGUUUCGUCUACUACCACUUCGAGUUUCCAUAUAGCAGCCAGUAAUUCCGCAGCGUAUCUUCCAACCCACGGAGACGGCAACGAGACAGUCCGAGACAGCCCUGGGCUUUCUGCCAAGGAAAUUGCUACACCAACAAUGCAGUCCCGGUCUUUUGGCAUGAUAGACGAGCAUACUGUAGCCUGGAUGGGCAGCACAUUGAACAUGCAUGAAAACGCCGAUCCAAUACCACAAGAGCCCACGGACGUGAUUGAUGAGCGAGCUAUUGCUUGGAUGGGCAGCACAUUGAACAUGCAUGAAAACGCCGAUCCAAUACCACAAGAGCCCAUGGACGCGAUUGAUGAGCGAACCAUUGCUUGGAUGGGCAGCACAUUGAAUAUGCAUGAAAAGGCAGAUCUAAUACCACAAGAAUCUAUGGACAUGCUUCAGAAUCGAGGUAUUUUCGGACCAGAUGGCGCAGUGGAGCCAUUCGCGGUUGAGCAUCGAGAUCCCCAAUCCCAAACUUCCAUUGAAACACCAAACAUAUCGUCACAAUACCAAUGGCCUAUCGUCGUGAAAUGA